CGAGACUGGAGUUUUCAUGCUGUCUGUCAUUUGUUGGUGCCAUGUGACAUGUCUUACUUUUAAUAACCAUGAUAAAUACGUGUAAAAACAAUGAACAAUGCAAAAGACUUUCGAAAUUCUUUGAUUGCUGGUGGAUCAGCUGGGACGAUGGUGGAUGUGAUUCUGUUUCCGAUUGACACACUGAAGACACGGUUACAAAGUCAUCAUGGAUUCACACAGUCGGGUGGAUUUCGUGGGAUCUACUCGGGGCUUGCCUCAGCUGCUUUAGGAUCAGCUCCAACAGCGGCUGUGUUCUUUAGCACCUAUGAAGUGAUCAAGACCGCGUUCCACUCCACAGACAAACAAUCCUUGGCUCCAGUAGUACACAUGAUUGCUGCUUCAGUUGGUGAAGUUACAGCCUGUCUGUUACGAGUUCCAGUGGAAGUAGUGAAACAACGGACUCAGACCAAACACUCAUCCACUUCAUUUAAUGCAUUCCGCAAGACAGUCGCAACUGAGGGAUUCCUUGGUUUGUACAGAGGGUACAUCAGCACCAUAUCCAGAGAAAUCCCAUUUGCAUUUAUACAGUUUCCACUGUGGGAGUACUUCAAGGUUCUGUGGUCCAGAGAAUCAGGUGUACCCAUUACUGCAUGGCAGUCUGGUAUAUGUGGAGCACUGGCAGGUGGCAUUGCAGCUGGUAUUACUACGCCACUUGAUGUAGCAAAAACUAGAAUUAUGUUAGCAGAGAAAAGCAGCAAGAUUGCCCAAGGCAGCAUUCUGUAUACUUUAAGACAAAUCAGGUUGCAAAGGGGCAUUAAAGGGUUAUUUGCAGGAGUGGUUCCUCGAGUGAUUUGGAUUUCUAUUGGUGGUGCUAUAUUUCUCGGAGUAUAUGAAGAAGUCAAAAUAAUACUAAACUCACAGACCUGGAACGUCUAGCAUUGUAAAUAAACUGUAAUUAAUAAUGAAUAAUUAGUGAUAUAAAAUAAUUUAUAAGCCUUGCUGUCAAAAUAAGCAAAGGUUUAUUGAAAAUGUGUAAUACAUUUUAACUCUGUGUUCAUAGUAAAGAGUGUAUGUUUAGGUUUAUUAACCAGAGGGGCAAGAUUUAGCUCAGUUGGUUGAGUGCUCGCCUGAGGUGCUUGUGUCACAGGAUUGAUCCACCUCAACUGAUUGUAUUUUUGCUUGUUCCAUCCAGUGCACUACAGCUGGUCAAAGGCUAUGAUAAUAUGCUUUCCUGUCUGUGGGAAAGUGCAUAUAAAAGAUCCCUGGCUGCAUUAGGACAAAUGUAGCGGGUUUCCUUUGGUGACUACGAAUAAGAAUUACCAAAUAUCUGACAUCCAAUAGCCGAUGAUUCAUUCAUCAAUGUGCUCUAGUGGUAUUAUUAAACAAACAAAUUUUAUUUUUGAAAAUGUGUGAGCCAUUUUUAACUCCGUGUUUAUAGUAAAGGGUGUGCAUGUUUAGGUUUAUUAACCAUAAGUUGUCUUUCACUGAUUAGAUACCGACAUUCAUAUUUACUCAGAACCUUGGUUGAUAGAAUUAGAUUUUAAAAGUAUGCAUCUGACGGGCAGAUGAAGUUGAGAUAUUAGGAUUGGGGGCUGGGGACCCUGGAUAGGGGUGAUAGUGCAUAAUUAUGUCUGGAUUUUUAGUGAUCUUUACAGUGUUUCUCUGUCCAAAACCUGUUAUAGUUCAGGCUGAUAUUUUGAAUAUAUUCUGAAUUGGGGGUGGUGUGGUGUGGGGGAGAAAUCAUUUUAGACCAUUAUGCAACCCUAACCCUAGGGCCAAUCUCAGUACACAACCACCUGUUUUAAAAGGUCCAUUUUUAUAUUUUGUAUUACCCACAUUCAUAUCUGAUUAUGGGAUGGUGCAUAUAAAAGAUCCCUUGCUGCUAAUCGAAAAGAGUGGUCCAUGAAGUGACGACAGUGGGUUUCCUCCCUCAAUAUCUGUGUGGUCCUUAACCAUAUGUCCAACACCAUAUAACGGUAAAUAAAAUGUGUUGAGUGUGUUGUUAAGUAAACCAUUUCCUUCCUUCAUAUCUGAUUACAAAUGAAUCUGUUAAGAGUGGUUGGAGUGAAUUAGUGAGUAGUUGUUUGUGUGUUCAGGUUUUUUAUAUAUUUAUAUAACAUAUAUGUACUAUGUUGAUGUUCUGAAUAAAAAAGAAGACAUAAAAAAAAGCCAUCAAUUUUACGGCUGGUAGGUAUUGGGUUCAUAUCCCACUGCCGGCUUCCACCCACAAGUUUUAAUGACUCAUUAGGGAAGUGUAAGAAUUGACUGCUCUCCCAUUAACCAUAACAAGUAACCAGACAGCUGAGAAGAGUUUGCUUGAACCUUAACUGGAUAUAAGUAUUAAGAUCAAGUUAAAACUAUGGAUUGUGAUUCAGUGGUUGAGAACUGAAGGUGGACUGAGGAACUGUUUUUGGGAUAAGACCCAGUGUAAAAGGGCACAUGGACAAACUCUUGAAAAGGGCACCUUAAAAUACAUUUGGAGUAACCAAAUUAGAAAUAUGGGUUAGGCACAUCUGCACUGACCUGUCAUUAUCCUAUCUCAUGAUGGAAAACAAGUUACAACUUUAUUUUGUGACAUUAACAAACAAUUUGAAUGAGGUUAACAGAAGGGUCUAAUUUACAAAUUAGUAAAUGUUGGAACAAAGAGUAAACAUUUGACUGGUCAGAGAGAGAUGUCGCUAAUCGUAAACGAACCAAAAUGUAUACACAAAAAACAUUUCCACUGGUGUCCCACAUGGUUUCAUCUUGGGUCCUGUCUUCUUUUUGAAUACAUUAUCACUGUAUGGAAUUGAAUUGAAUAUUCAUCUGUUGACAAUACUGUGUUUACUUUGUUUUACAUUACUGUGAUAAUCCAGAAGAAUAAAAAAAUUAACAUUC